AAGUUAACAUUCUUGCGUUUACACUAGAGCAAGAAGAAGAGUCGGAGUAACGCGGAGUGUGAAACGCGUUUAAAGGUGUUAAAACAACAAAUAAAUUGUUAAAAAAUUAUUCUGUGCGCUGUUUUCCAGUGCCACUUACGCAAUGCACUAAAAUGUAAUGGUGAAACGUGUUAGUUCUAGCUUAAAAUGUAGUUUUAAAAUUUAUCUUAUUAGCGUGUUGGUAAAGAUGAAAAACAUAGGACGUGAAAGCAGGCAGCAAACGUUAAAACAACGCCGCGUUUUGAAACAAGAAAACCUGCAAGCCAAAUUACUGUGUGUGCAUUUAAAAUUAAAAUAAAAGGAGAAAAAAAAAAAAAAAAAACCAGAUCAUAAGCAAGUGAAUGCAAAACAAAAUUCAAGUAUCAAGUAAAGCAAAGGCGACACAUUAAAACAAAAUCAGAGCUUGCCAUUUAAAUUAGUGUUGUGUACAAUGAAGUGAAACUAUAUAAUCAUUCACGCAAAUGGAACAUACAACGAAGGAUCGUUUAAUGAGUUAAAUUUAAAGCAGUUUCGUUGUGCUGGACAACAACAACAAUAAGAAGCAAAAUAAUAAUAAUAAUAAAACAACGACACACACCCGAAACCAAGAACAACGAGUGCUAAAAUAGAACUUGCAAAGCUACAGUUAACAGGAGGCGCACCAAAACGGAAGCGUCGACUUGGUAGAAGUAGAGGCAAAAGAAAGAGAGACAAUACACGCACCGUUAUGUUUGUAAUGGCUAACAAUGUAAUGUGGCACAGUGUUGGAAAUCGUUUAUGCAAUUUGAAUGCGCGCCACCCACAAUUAGCAACCGCAAGCAGCGGUCAGGCAAACACCGCCGAACAGAGCAUUUCUGGUUAUGCAUUAGGCCCCCAUAGGUUUGGGGGCACCAUCACCAAUAGAAGCAGCAGCAACUGCAGCAGCAGCAGCAGCAAUAGGAACUGCAGUGCAACGCGACUAAAGUCACAAAAUACAAAAAUAUUAAAGCAACAGCAGCAGCAACAUCAUCGGCGGCCGCAGCGGGAAAAGCUUCUAGUGAAUAAGAUGUCUAGUGAGGCAGUGUUGUGAAAUGCCAAAAGUUAAUACACAGCGGAAACAGCAGCAGCAAAAAGAAGAGCAACAAAAACUUAGCACCAGUUAAAAGCAGCCUCCCCCGCCCCAUCUAACUUAGGUUUAAACCACUUCUAUAAAUAUAGAAACAAAAAAGAGAUAAUAUAUAUAAAAAAAAGAAUAUUAUUUUGUGAGCAAUUGAACUUUGUAAAAAUGCCCAUGUCCACGCAUGAUACGGUCUUCGUGGAGCCUGUCGUCGGCAGCAGCAGUAGCAGCGGCAACAAUAGCAGCAGCAGUACAAGCAAUAGCAGCGCCAGCACACGAAUCGGGAUCAGUGGGCCACAGCAGCAGCAUCCACCACACAUUGUGAUUGAUGGCAGCAGCUUGUCGACGCAGGCACAGCUGAAGCGGAUUAUGCAGCGGCGCAUGUCCAUUCAGGCGCAGCCCGCCCAGAAGUACGCGGUGCGUACGACAACAGCGCAACAGCAACAGCAGCAACAUUUGCCCCAGCAACAGCAGCAGCAACAUGAAUUGCUCAAUCCGCAGAUCUACAAAAUUGUCACGACCGAUGGCAGCACCAGCAACGUCAUCAUCGACACCUCCGCUGCAACACCGCCGCAUAACUCGAAGCUGUUGCUCAGUAAUCUCACGGUGCUGUCCAAACAGGCGCCCGCCCUGUCCUCCCAGUCACAACACCAACAGCAGCAGCAGCAGCUCAGCUAUGUGAAUGCUAAGAAUCUGCCGUAUGUGACGGCAACGCCCGCGCUCAAGCAGCAGCAGCAGCAAAAGUUUGGCACAAUUGGCGCCUACAAAGCUGUGAAUGCCAGCGCCAAUGCCAAGCAGCUGCAGGGGUACGCGCAGGCGACGCAGCAGGGUAGCGGCACACCGGUCAUGCAGAAGGUAACGCUGGGCUCGCGGGUGGUGACGCGACUCCAGUCGUAUGUGCCGCCCCAGCAGCAACAGCAACAGCAGCAGCAGCAGCCGCCGCAGAUCAUUGUGCAGUCAGCGACAGCGGGGCAGCAGAAAUACGUUAGCCGGCCGGCGAUAACGACAACGGCGGCGGCUCUGCUCAAGAAGGCCAAUCAGAAAAUAACAGUCAAGAGUGUUGGCAACAUGUUGCACCAGCAGCAGCAGCAACAUCAGCAGCAACAACAACAGCACCAACAGCAGCAGCAGCAACAGUUGAAGGCAUUCAUCUCCUCACAGCAGGCAACACACAAGACAGCCGUCAAACCCAAAUUCGUCAAGCAGUACAGCAGCGCGUCCGGCGGCCUAUCCAUUGCUGCGGUGCCACAGCAGCAGCAACAGCAGCAGCAGAAUGCCUAUGGCAAGCAGCACCAACAGUUGACGCCCAAUAAGCUGAACAAACUGACUGCUAGCAGCAACACGAAAUAUGUAUUGCAACAGCAACCGCUGCAACAGUUAGCCGCCAACUUGCCGCAAGGCACGCAGCUGCAGCAGAAGACCACAACGACGGCUGGGGGCGGCAGCGGCGGUUACAUGUUGCAGCAGUCGACGGCGGGAGCCAUCAAGUUUGUCAACUCACACGGCACCGUCAUCCAGCAGCAUCCGCCCCAGGGCCAGGUCAAGCGCAUUCACUACAACAGCAGCAGCAGCGACAGCAGCACCGACCACCACCAGCAGCAGCAGCAGCAGCAACAUCAUCAAUCCUCCCUGAUCACAGACGAUGUGAUGAUUGUGAAUGGCACGCAGAUGACAGAUGAGCUCUCGGCGCGCAUUCUGCAGAGCAUGGCACAAAAGUCCUUUAGCCAGCAGCAGCAGCGCUUUCAGCAGCAGACAACGCCAACAUCAACACCAACAACAGCAGCGGCAGCAGCAGCAGCAGCAGCAAAUGCAAGCAUGCCACCGCCACAGCCAACGUCGACACCCACGCAAAUUAUAUACGGAGGAAAUAGCAGCGGCAACAGCAACAGCAACAACAACAGCAGCAGCAGUAGCAAUAGCAACAACAACAACAGCAACAACACUGUAGCAGCAACGUCAAACAAUCUGCUGUUGACCCACUAUCAAGCUGCAGCAGCAGCAGCAGCAGCCGGCAUGUCGCCCAGCUCGUCGUCAACAGCAACAUUGACGCCAGCCUCAUCGCCAUCACCCUCGCCAGCCACGUCAUCGCCAGCGUCUGGCUCGUAUCUGACGGUGACUUCCUCCAGCGCGCCCUCGGUGAGCAUCUCUUCGCAUGGCUUUGCCAGCGGCAGUGCCGCAAUGUCCUCCUACAUGUCGGCGACGGCGGCGCGCCGUCAGUCGGUCAGUGCGCCCACCAGCCGAGCAACGUCGCUCGAGCGCAAACAAAUCCAGCAGCAGCAACAGCACCUGCUCCACGAGGCUGUCACAGCAGCAGCAGCAAACAUGCGCAAACCGCCGCCCACUGUGGUCGAGUAUUACAAGCACAGCAGCAACAGCUUAAAUAAUUUAAACAGUGGACUGCGCAGUAGCAACUCCAGCACGAGCUUAAAUACAGCGGCGACAGCGUUGAGCUCAGCAGCGAGUCCACACUUGACGCCUGUGCACGUGGAGACAGCGACGCUUUUGAUGAAACCUCAGCAGCAGCAGCAGCAGCAGCAACAACAACAACAACAACAACAACAGCAGCAGCAGCAGCAGCCACAACAACUGAACGCAAACGAGGAGGAGCUGUACAUAGAGGAAGUGCGUCCAGUGCCUGUGCACACUCAAGACCUGCGUUUGCAGCAAUUGCACGCCAUAAUGCAGGAUCACACGUACGCCUCUCAGCAGCAGCAGCAACAACAACAACAGCAGCAGCAGCAACAACAACAGCAGCAGCAGCAGCAGCAGUCGGCGACCGGUGGAGCCACAGCCGCACAGCAAAUGCAGCAGCAGCCACAGCAGUGGUCCCUUGGCGGCAUUGGUGUCACUGUCAGCGGCCCCGCAACGACUCCGGGGGGCUUCAACAGUUUCUAUGGACAACAGAUGGGCCGCCAUGUGCCGCAUGAUGAUGACGCCCAGUCGGCUAUAAGCGGGAGCUCACGUCUGGCCAGCGCCGAUAUUGAUCCAGGCGAGGAGACGGAAACAGCGCCCGAGGCAGAAGCUGAGGAUGAUUCGGUUACCCGCUGCAUCUGUGAGCUAACCCAUGACGAUGGUUACAUGAUCUGCUGCGACAAGUGCUCCGCCUGGCAGCACGUGGACUGCAUGGGCAUCGAUCGCCUCAACAUACCCGAGGAGUAUCAGUGCGAGCUGUGCCAGCCGCGACCCGUGGACAAGGCCAGGGCACGUGCGCUGCAGCGCCAAAAGCGUCGAGAGCAUAUGCUGCUCGUGGCUACACAAGCGGCAAGUGGUGCGCCGCCUGCAACGGGAACUGCGGCAGCCGCUGUUGGCGCUUCAGCAGCAGCAUCAGCAGCCAAUUCAAUGGGCGGAGCAGCGACAGCGGCAGGCUCACUGCUUUACAACAGCCAAGAGCUGCCGCAGCAGCAGCAGCAACAACAACAACAGCAGCAUCAGCAGCAGCAACAACAACGGCUCGGAGCCGGCCCGAAUGGUGGCUUCGGCCCAGCUGCUGGUGGCAUAACCAAGAAAUCAAAGAAAACCAAAGAUGGCGCAGCCGGCACGCUGAAGAAGAGCAAGAAGAGCGGCGACAAGCUGAAUGCCAGUGGUGGGUCAACCGGCGGCACAGGAAGCUCCAAGUCGACAAAGAAGAGCAGCAAGCGCAAGAGCAAAUCCGGCGGCGAUGGCGUCGGUGGUAGCAGUCCCGCCUUGACUGCCGCCGAGAAGCAUGCUGCCAACUUGCGUCAGUGGAUUGAGCACUAUGAGUACGCCGUAACGAAUCAUUAUUCGCCCGAGUUGCGUGCCCGUCUGCAUGCCAUACAGAAGCAGCCCAGCCUGCUGCAAAGCAUACAGAAUACGGAGAAUAAGGCGCUGCGUCUGAUUGCUGGCGGCUGUGCCUCGGAGCUGGACAAGCGCGCCCAGCUAAUACCGUAUGCGGGCGCCAAGGUGUUGAUCAGCAGCGUGGAUCUGGCGCCGCAUGCGCCCAUCCAUGAGCUGCGCGGCAAGUACAUGCUGACCACGCAGUUUCGCACGCAGAAUCCCACCGUGAACAUGAAUACGCCGCCGCCGAGCAACUAUCUGAACAGCUUCAAGGUGCACAAGACGCCCGGACAGUUUGUGUUCUUCUAUCAGCUGCCCGGCGUGGAGGCGCCCAUGCAAACGCAUCAACAGCAGGCGAACCACCAGCCGCCGCCACCGUUGCCCGCCUACCUCAAGGGACCCGAGGUGUGCGUCGAUACGCGAACCUAUGGCAACGACGCCCGCUUCGUGCGUCGCUCGUGCCGGCCCAACGCCGAGCUGCAGCACUACUUCGAGAAGGGCACACUGCAUCUGUAUAUUGUGGCGCUGACGCACAUUCGAGCCCAGACGGAGAUCACGGUGCGGCACGAGCCGCACGACCUGGCAGCUGUGGAGCAGAAGAAGUCCCACUCGGCGGUCAUACAGCCGACGAGCACACGGUGCGCCUGUGAUCUGGGCAGUGAUUGCCUGUUCGCCCUGCCCCUGGCUGUGCAACAGCAGCUGCAGGCGCCGCCCGCUCAGCCGCGCAGCAGUCAUCGCAACAAGGCCGCCGCUGCAGCCGCGGCAGCAGCAACGGCUGCCAACAGCGCCGCAGCAAUACAGCUGACCAUGGGCAUGGGCAGCACAGUGGCAGCGGCAGCAGCAGCAGCAGCGGCAACUGCACGCAAUCGCUCCACCUCCUCCAGUGGCGAGAGCAGCAGCCACAUGGGCCUCAACAGUCCGCAGCUGAGCCAGUUGAAUUUGGGCUUUAAGCCCAGUCCGGCUGUCACGAUGAGCACGAUGGGCAACGGCGUGACAGCGGUGGCAACUGCUGCUGCAAUGCUCUGUAACAGCAACAGCAACAGCGGCAACAGCAACAACUCGUGCUCCGUUUCCAUGUCCAGUGUGCUGCACGACUCGGGCAUUUGUACAUCGUCGUCAUCGCCAUCGGUGUCCAUUCCAUCGCCUACGCCCACGCAAUUGCAGUCGCCCACGUUGCAGCAGCAGCAGCAACCGGCGCAGCAGCAGACAUCGCUGCUGCAGCGCAGUCCAACACAGCAGCAACAGCAAAUACUCGCUGCAUUGCCGACACCUAUGUUACUGUCGCCACAGCUGUUGCAGAAGCCGACACAGCAGCAGCAACCAUCGCUGUUGCAAAACCAGCAGCAGCAGCAGCAGCAACAGCAGCAACAGGAGCCGCUGGCGGUAAUUGCAGCUGCAGCAGCGGCACAGCGACCGAUGGCUACUUUCUAUUUGCAGCCACAGUCUCCGCACCAGCCACAGUCACAACAGCAACAGCAACAGCAAAUCAAUGUGCAGCGACAACAACAAGAACAGCAGCAGCAGCAACAACAACAGCAGCAGCAGCAGCAGCAGCAAUACGCACAGCAGCAGCAGCAGCAGCAGCAACAGCAACAGCUGGCUGAUGAGGCACGCAUGGCGGUUAGCGCAUUACAAACUUUACAUGCCACGCCCACAGCGCACAUGGCGACGCCCAUAAAAAUUACAACAACACAGCCGCUUAAGCAACAGCAGUCGCAGCAGCAGCAGCAGCAACAACAACAUCAACAACUACAGCAGUUCCAAUUGCAACAGUCACAGCAACAACAGCAACAGCAACAGCCAUCACCCCAGCAGCAAGCACAGAUUUAUCAGGCAUCAGUGUCGCCCACCAAAACGCCUUCAAAAGCGAACUCACAGCUCAACAACAACUGCAGCAACAGCAACAAUAAUAAUAACAACAAUAACAACAACAAUAGCAUCAAUUUAACUCCAACAACACGCAAAACGCCUGCUAAAGCAGCAGCAGCAGCAGCAACAGCAACAACAAUUAAUAGCCCCGCCGUACGAGAGGCCAAGGUGGAGGAAUCGUCAACAGCUGCCAGCACGCCGGCAACAUCAACGCCCGCUGCCAAGAAGGACAAGCCAAAGUCUCGUGAGGAACGCAAAUUGGAAGCCAUUCUGCGUGCCAUCGACAAAAUGGAGAAGCAGGAGGCGCGCGGCAAGAAGGCCAGCGGCGGUGCAGCGGCGGGCGCAGAGAGUCGCCAAGUGGGUGGCAAGCAGCGCAUGAGCAAUUCGCCAGCAUCGCCGCGCAAACGCAAUGCCAGCAGCAAUUCCAUGAGUGAGUCGGCCGACGGCAGCUCUCUGAACUUGGGCACGCCCACUAGCACCAACAACAACAACAACAACAACAAUAAUAGCAGCAAAGGUGGCGCAGCAAGGCGCAACAAAAAGAAGCGCAAAGUGAGUCGCAGCUACAACAACCACAACAACAACAGCAAGCGCAGAAAGAGUCUAAGUGAAUCGGAUGCUGAAUCGCAUACCGAAUCGGAGCUGGCUUCACCGGCGCUACAGAAUCAAAAUCUGAAUCUGAAUCAGCAUCAGAAUAUAAUGCAGCACAACAACAACAACAGCGUGCAACAGCAGCAGCAGCAGCAACAACAAUCUACAGAUCAGGCUGCGGGCUUGCUGCUGGCAUUGGCGCACAACAACUGCGAGCCCUUCAAGCCGCCAGCAGCAACGUCUGCGGUCAGCAGCGCCUGUUUGCUAAUUGAGGCAGCAAUGGGUCCGCUAGAGCAGCAGCCAGAGCAGCAGCAAUCGUUGCAAUCGCCAUCCGUUGGGGAGUUCAAGUAUCCGCCCAGUGGCGCCAAGACAAAGAAGUCGCUCAUGUCCAGCUGGUUUCAGUCGGAGCAAUGCGAGCAACAAUCUGGACUGGACAGUCUAGUCCAAGCAGCCAUGAGCGAAAUAAAUGGCUCCAGGGAGCAGCUGCAACAGCAACAGCAGCAGCAGCAGCAACAGCAACAGAUGCAGCAAAUUCCCGCACAGCAACCGCAGCAACUGCAAAUCGAUGCUCCAGCGUUGCUCAAAGUGGAGCAGUUCAUACAUCAAGUGGAGGCCACUGAGCGCUCACAGAUGCCUUCCGUGCAGAACAAUUCGUCGGUGAAGAAGCGUUGGCUGCGCCAGGCCAUUAGCGAAGAGACAACCGAUGAGAAUCAGCCCCAGGCUCCGGUGACGCCCACGCCCAGCAUAUCGCCGCUGCAGCACCAGCAACAACAGCAGCAGCAGACGCCGCCUUUGCUCUCGAACGGCUUCAGCACGCCGUUGAAGAAGCGUCGUCUGGUGGUCGUCAGCAAUGGUGGGUUGGAGGCGACGGCAGUUGAGGAGCCGCACAUCGACGUCAUUGGCAGCGCCGGCGAGGAGGAGCACAAAGUGGAGCAGUUGGAGCAGGCACAGACGGAAGUGUUGAAAGUCGAGACGCAUCAGCACUUCGAACAGGAUGAUGAUGUGGACAUCUUGCGGUCGCCCAGUCCCGGUGCACAGCAAAUCGUUGCCGAGGAUAAUCUGGUCAAGAUUGAGCCGGAGGACACAAGUGCCGCAGCGGAGGAUGUCAAGAUUGAUGUGGAGCGUGAGGAGAGUCAAGCGUGUGACAAGUUUGAAGAGUUGAUCAAUGUUAAGCGCGAGAAGGAGGAACAGCAGCAACAGCAACAGCAACAGCAGCAGCAGCAGCAAGAGCAACAACAAGCCAUCGCCAAGGUGGAGCCUUUGCCAGAAGAGAAGCAGCAGGUGACUAAAGUGGAGCCCAAGGCGGAAAUUAAGCCGGAGCCAACAGCUAAAGUGGAGACACUGCCUGAGCCCAAGCCAGGUGAAUCGUUGCUGCGCACAGCAGCAAUGGCUGCAAUGCCAGCAACAGCAACAACAGCCAUUGCAACGGCGACUGUGGUUGAGGCCAAGGCGACUGCCAAACCGCGCGCUGCAGCUGUGAAGGAUGAGGAUGAACCGCUUAAAAAGAAGCCCAAGUUGGAAACAAACUCAACAGCAGCAACAACAACAGCAGUAGCAGCUACAGCUGCAACAACAGCAGCAACAACAGCAGCAACAACAGCAGCAACCACAACAGCUGCAACAGUUGCUGCGGUAGCAACGUCAACCCCAACGGCGACGACAACAACAACAGCAACGGCAAUUGCUACGCCUGCAGCCAGCAGCAAAAACCUAACCGAGCUGGACAUACAGGAGCGUCUCUUAUCCUUCCAUGCUGAGAACAUCUCCUAUUUGCAGUCGCGCAAUAAGAAGGCAACUAGCAGCUGCUCCGGCAAGAGCAACAACAACAACAAUAAUAUUGCAGCCGGCGUUGACUUGCCCACCAAAAAGUCCAGCAAGGUGAAGGAUGAGAAGCGUGAGCGCGACAAGCAGAUCAAGAAGUCGAAAAAGGACAAGAAAAAGUCAAAGGAGAAAGAUAAACUGAAGGCGGCAGCUAUCGCAGCAGCCUUGGCCGUUGCUGCGCCUGAGGCCAAAAAGAAGCAGCCCAAAGAGUCGAAGCAGCAAUUCCAGCUGCCAGCAGCUGUAGCAGCAACAACAUCCACACCUGCAACACUCACACCUGUCACAGCGGCAGCAAUAACAGCAACAACGAAUGGCAAGACCAAACACAACAGCAACGUGCUGGAGCAACAGCAGCAGCAAUCGGCACUGCGACGUCGCACCAUGUCAAUGUGUGUUACGGCAGGCACGCCUACAACGCCCACAGUGCCAACAACUCCAGUACUAGGAGCCACAAAGAAGCGUCAGACCAACUUUGAGCAGGAGCUGACGAAGCCCAACAGCCAAAUACUCAGCAGCAGUCUAUUGCUCAAUACCAGCAAAACCCCGCAGCAGCAUCAGCAAACGGCAGCAGCAACAGCAGCAGCGGCAAUUGUUGCGCCAACAACAGCACAGCAGCAGCAUCGCAAGGAGAACAAUCAUCAUCAUCAUCACCAUCAUCACCACCAUCAGCCGCAGCAGCAGCAGCAGCAACAGCAGCAGCAGGAGGCAACCGGUUCUAUGAGCUUGGCAGCGGCCAUCGCCAGCGGUAAAUUGACGCCGAUCAGUCGACGGCGCGAAUCUAUGUGCGGCAGCAGGCAGCAGGCGCUCAUUGCGGCCGCUAUGAAAAAGGAUAAGAAGGAAAAGAAGAAGAGCAAGAAGAAGGAUCGUGAGAAGAAGCAAAAGGAGAAGGAGAAAGGCAAGCAAAAGGAGAAAGACAAGGACAAGGACAAGGAGACGACAAAGGCUAAGGCCAAUAGUCAACAGAAGCAACAGCAGACGACUGCAACAGCUGCAAAUGCAAUGGCCAACAAGACAGCAUUAGCUAAGCCGGCCUUAACAAAGCCAGUUACAGCCACGCCCACGCCCCCUGUUCAUUCAGCGCCCAUAUCAGCUGCUCCGAUACCUGUGCUAAUCACGCAACCAACAUUGUCAACGCCACCAACAGCAAUGCCAACAGCAGCAAUGUCAGUGCCACCUGUCGGUGCUCCCCUGCCGCAGCUGCCCUUCUACAACACCAUCUAUGGCAAAUUGCAGGAGCCGCCAGUGAUGCCGGCCAUUGCAUCGUUAGUGUCCUCGCCGCUGGCCAAAAUGAGCAGCAGCAGCAGCAUCCCUAGUUUGGCCGAGUACUUGGAAGCAACCAAAUCGAAGGCGGCGGCGGCCGCAGCAGCUGCAGCAACAGCUCAAACAGUCGUUGCUGUUCCACCAACAGCCGCAGCCGCUACAGCAUCAAUUGCCAUGACAGCUAACAAUGGGCUGGCUACAGCAGUGGAGAGCAUGCCGCCGCCAUCGACAACGCCGCUCAAGCUCUACACGCGCACUGCCAGCCAUGAUCCCCGCUUAAAUCCCAUGCUGACUGUGCCGGAGCCAGCGCCGAUGCCGAAACGCAAGCUGUCGAUUAGCGAAUAUCGCAUGCGGCAUCGCCCCUCGGUCGACACUGCGCCCACAACUCCGACGACGCCGACAACGCCAACGGAGCGCUGCUUUGCCAAGCCGCAGACCAUUAACAAAUGCUCGCUGCAGUCGCCAGAACGCUACCAGGCGAUGCGUGAUCGACGCAAUUCCAUCAGCGUCCAUCAGAAUCAGAACAACGGCAGCAGCAGCAGCGGCGGCGACAAGAAUCAUCUCUACCAGCAACAGCAGCAGCAACAGCAAUCCUCCUCGGCGCUCAAGGGCAACCCGAAGAACUCUGUGGUGAAUUCAGCAGCGGCAACGCUGAGCACGGUCAACAGCAUCCUGAGCACUGCUCACAAGCUGCACAUGUUCGAUGACAAGCCCAAGGGUGGUCACUUCAAUGCGGCACCCACGUUGCUGGAGCAGCAGCAGGAGAAGAUGAGUGAACGCUCGCGUUGUCUGCAGCGCACAAUUUCCUGUGAUUCGCGUGUCAUUGAGCGCCUGGGCGCCGGUGCAACAGCUGGUGGCAGUGCCAGCCUAGUGGACAAAGUGACUGGAGCGAGUGCCAGGCGUGAUGCAACAUAGAGGCUAUGAACAGGCAUUAAAUCAAAAGCAGCAGAUGAAAGCAGCAGAUCCUUCGGAUAAACCGAAAAUCUAACCUCAACUCGAAAUAGCAAUCAAAAUCUGGAUAUUGAAAACAAUCGCUGGCGUAUCAAAUGAUAUAUAUAAAUCUAUAUAUGUAAAUCAUAUAUAUGCUACGCGGCUCUCCUUAUUUAAACAAAUGUACAGCAAAUCCGGACAUAGAAAUACAAAGGCACUCACAGAGAAAUUGAAACUUUAUUAUUUGUGUUGUAAACGCUAUAACUCGCUAUAAUUAAUACUACUUAAAAAUAUAUAUAUAUAAAUAAAUUAUUUAUAUAUAUAUUUAUUUAUAUAAAUAUGUAAUCGCUUUGAGUUCGGGAGAAGAAACGAUGACAAGAAUAUAGUGAAGAGCCUUCUGCUAAGCUAAUUAGCAGUUCAACUGGUCGCGUUUUUUCGCAACAAUCGAUCAACUUAUCUAAUUCUACUCCAUAAAUAUGUAUCUUUAUAAUGUAGUAUAUAUAUAAAUACUAUAUGUAGCGCUAUAGACGUAUAUAAAACUUAGAUAUACAAAAGAAUCACACACAAACAAACUACAACUAAUUGAAAAGUUUAUCAAGCUGUAAGCAUUAGAUUUCCUUUUGUUUUUAAAAUAAUUAACUGCAUAAUGUAUUAAUAUUACUUUAUACCUUAGCACUUUUAGUUGCGUAGAGCUUCGAGAAUUUUUACAUUUAUUUAAACUUAUUGAAAUAUGCAAACAAAAACUAAAGCAACAACAAAAUAUGAUUAUUGUUUUCACUUAAUUUUUUUUCGUAGUCGUAAUUAAAGAUUAUAUGAGAAUAAUAACAGAUUUAAUAAAGAAAAGAAAGAAUUGAUAACAACAUAACCAGGCUUAAAACGCAAGCAAUACUAUAAACCAAAAUAAAUGGAACUAAACUGUAAAUAGGAAUUUUGCCAGAGUAAAGAGCGAAUCGCAUAUUGUUGAAUAACUGUAUAUAGAAUCCAGAGUAAAUAAAAUUAAUCCGUUUCAGCACGAAACAACAAUGCUAAUUUAGUACG